AUGAAGCUCAACACCUACGUACCUCUUGCGGUGUUUGCGGCAGUUACUGCUGCUGAACGGUUCCCUGUGAAUUUGCCAAAGCAUGUGCGACCUCGUCAAUAUUCUGCUCCACCGCCAUACUCACCCGUGGGCCCGAGUUCGAGCAGCGGCAGCGGCAGCGGCAGCGCAUCAUCCAGCUUUCCUAGCGGAUAUUCGACCUCGCUGUCUACCGGCAUCUCUCCCACUGUCGACGUGCCAUCUGCCCAAACGUCCUCACUCCCGUCCAAUGCCACAACGCCCGGUCCUUCGACAAUCGUCAUCACAAGCGUUGUUGUCAUUACAUCGGUCAUUCCGCCUCUGCCUAGUACUUCAACUUCUACGGAUGCUACUGGAAGCAGCUGGGGAGUAAGCAAAUCUUCCUCUCUCAGCGUCCCGCUUUCCACAGGCCCCCAAUCAUCCGGCACUGGCUACCACUCUUGGCCUCACCAUUCUUCACAUGGAUCGUCAGCACCUUACGGCAAUAGUACUUCAGCUUCUUCGUCUCCAUGGGGCACUGGCACAGUGUCAUCUUCCUCGAGUCUACCCCUGACUUCUGCUGCCAGUAGCAGUCCCUCAGCAGUCACCAGCUCCCCUCCGUAUCCUUCAAACGAUACGCUCACAGAGACCAGUACGGGAUCUGUAGCUACUUCCAACGGAAACGCGACCACAUCCGUGGUGCCCACUUCUUCCGCACAUUACAAGCCUCCUAGAAACCUAACUAGCAGUCUCUCCAUUGCAACCGACUCCGUCUUCCCGUCGUCAACAACUGACAUUUCGACAAUCAGCUGGAUCUCAUUCACAUCAGGAAGUCCAUCGGCUACACCCUCCAGUUCAUCUACUUCAAAAUACACAAGGUCUACUUCGUCGCGCCGACGCACCACGACUACCGGACGCCGUUCUACAAUACGCACUUGGAGCAGAACACUGACCAUGUCGUUUUCCUCGACUGGUUCCGCUUCGUUUACACCGACUCAUUCGAGUGAUCUGCCAUGGACUAGUAGUACGGCGUCGGAGGAAGAAUCUUCUAGCACAGCUUCAUCAUCUGGUAGUACGGCUACACCGUCUCCGUCAGAGAACUGGCCUUCAUCUUCUGCUACGCCAUCUGAAUCAGACACCUGGCCCUCUUCUUCCCCCAGCAUAUCCGACCAACUCUCAUCAACCACUACUCCCGCAUGGCCUCCGGCUUCCUCCUUCUCAUCCUCAUCGCCAUCUGACAGUACCACAACACCCUCCACAAGCACCGACGCAACCGCCUCCUCCUGGCCCAUAACCCCCUCAUCCUCCUCCUCCUCUUCCCGCCCUGUUACAUUGCCCUCCUCGCACCCCACCCCCUCUUCUUCCCCCUACAACUCCAUCAUCGUGGCCCGUUCCUUCGUCUUCAGCCUCUACCUCCCCAUCUUCCCCAUCUCCCUCUCCCUCUCCCUCUCCCUCGCUGUAUACCACCUAUACCUUCACCUCAUCCUCCCUUUCAUCUUUGCCAGUCUCAUCCGUCCCCGUUUCUUCUACAGCCUCUCGGUCCGUCUCCUCGGCCUCAGCCCCUUCUUCGGUUUCUUCCUCAUCGGUUUCCCCUUCGGGUUCCGUGUCCUCGGUAAACCCCAGUACACUCACGCGCCCAAGCACCACCUUCGAAACCAGCAUGAGCACGAGUAA